CGAUAAUUUCCAGCUGGGUGACGUAUAUACGUGCGACAUAGCGGUGUUACUCUGCGGAAUGACGUCACGCCGCCGUUUUUUUAUUUUUGGCGGGGAAGUUCGCUGCGCGGCCGUCGGCGCGAACCGUCGAGUGAAACCUCAGCGACUGUUGCGGCGUCGUCGUCGAGUUGACCUUGCAGCCCAGUGGGACAAAGUUCAGCACGCCAUGGCUGCACCGUGCGUGAUCCGGCGCCUGGAUGAGGCCGUCGUAAAUCGGAUUGCGGCCGGGGAGGUGAUCCAGCGUCCAGCCAAUGCCAUCAAGGAGAUGAUGGAGAACUGUUUGGAUGCCAAGGCCACGAGCAUACAGGUGACGGUGAAGAAUGGAGGAUUGAAGCUUAUUCAGAUCCAGGACAAUGGCACGGGUAUUCGAAAGGAGGACAUGGAGAUCGUGUGUGAGCGUUUCACAACCAGCAAGCUGGAGAAAUUUGAGGACCUGUCUUCCAUCGCCACCUUCGGGUUUCGUGGAGAGGCUCUAGCCAGCAUCAGUCAUGUGGCGCACGUGACUAUAACUACCAAGACAGCGGACAGCAUGUGUGCCUACAGGGCAAUGUACUGCGAUGGCAAACUGAAGGCGCCUCCCAAACCAUGCGCGGGAAACCAGGGAACGCAGAUUACGGCUGAGGACUUGUUCUAUAAUGUGGCGACCCGACGCAAAGCCCUCAAGAGUGCCAGUGAGGAGCACGGCAAGAUCACUGAGGUCGUAAGCCGGUAUUCAAUACACUACUCUGGAGUAAGUUUUACACUGAAGAAGCAAGGAGAGAGCACAGCAGACGUGCGCACACUUCCUGGAGCCACGACGGUGGACAACAUUCGAGCCGUGUAUGGAGCAUCCGUUGCUCGGGAGCUCAUUGAGGUGAACUAUGAAGAUAAAAAGCUGGUGCUCAAAAUGCGAGGCUACAUCUCCAACGCCAACUACUCCAUGAAGAAGUGCGUCUUCCUGCUUUUCAUCAAUCACCGGCUUGUGGACUCGACGGCGCUGCGGAAGGCAAUCGAGAUGGUGUACGCGGCGUACCUCCCCAAAAACUCGCACCCCUUCCUCUACAUCAGCCUGGAGCUGGCUCCACAGAACGUGGAUGUCAACGUUCACCCCACCAAGCACGAGGUGCAUUUCCUGCACGAGGACAGCAUCACGGAGGCCGUGCAGCAGCAUGUGGAGAGCAAGCUGCUCGGCUCCAACUCCUCGCGCACGUACUUCUCACAGGCGCUGUUGCCGAAUGCUCCACUGGUGGGGCUCGAGUCCACCCAGGAAGGUGGCAGCACCAGGCCGGGACCCUCUGCAGCCUCGGACCGCGUGUACGCCCACCAGCUGGUGCGCAAGGAUGCGCGCGACCAGAAGAUCAACAUCUUCCUGCAGCCCCAAGCACGAGCUCAGAACACACUCCCCAAGCCUCAGCAAGGGGAGAUGGAAGAGACGGACGCACCGAGUGAACUUGCCAUGAUGGAGACGCUGGAACGUGAUGCGGAUGUUGCCAGCUCUCCUCUCUGUAAGAGGCCGCGCACGGACGCAGAUGGGGCGAUGGGCUGCGAGGCGGAGGCCUUUGCAGGUGGCUCAAGAGUGGAGGAAGCGGAGGCGGCGGCGGCGGCGGAAGAGGGGAUGGAGGAGGAGCAGGAGCCACUGAUGGCAGCCGCCCUCCCCAAGCGCCGUGUCUUCAGCUUCGUCAGCAUUCUUGCUCUGCAGAGUGAAAUCACCUCCAGCAAACACGAUGGCCUGCAUGAGGUGAUGAAGAACCACACGUUUGUGGGCUGUGUUGACCCGACUUGGGCUCUCCUUCAGCACCAAACCAGGCUCUACCUUGUCAACACCACGAAGCUCAGCCAAGAGCUAUUUUACCAGAUCCUCAUACAAGACUUUGGAAACUUUGGAGUUCUUCGUCUCUCUACUCCGGCACCCCUGUACCAGAUUAUCAUGAUGGCGCUUGAGGAUCCGGACAGCGGCUGGACAGAGGAGGACGGUCCUCGGGAGGAACUUGCAGAGCACGCAGCUGCCUUCUUGAACCAGCGGGCGGAAAUGCUGCAGGACUAUUUCUCCCUCGAGAUCGAUCAGGAUGGUAACCUAUCUGGACUCCCUCUGCUGCUUGACAAUUACAUCCCAGCUAUGGAGGGGCUUCCUCUAUUCAUGCUUCGCCUCACCACAGAGGUGAACUGGGAGGAGGAGAAGGAGUGCUUUGAAUCUUUCAGCCGCGAGUGCAGCGCAUUCUACUCGGUGCGCAAAGAGUUUACCCUGGAGGAGACGACGGCCGAAACUGAGCCCAGCCAGGAGCCAAGCAGCACAGGCUCUCCGCAUUGGAAGUGGACAGUGGAACACUGUGUCUUCAAGGCCCUGCGCUCUGUCCUGCUGCCGCCUCGGCAGUUUGCGGAGGAUGGAACGCUGCUGCAGAUCGCCAACCUCACCGACCUCUACAGGGUGUUCGAGAGAUGCUAGACUCCCUCCUGGGUUUCAUCAAACAACCAAGUUCUGGUCUAUAUAUGAAAAGGGACACGAAAAAUCAAGUGUUAGUCAUAUUGAUUGUAUUAGUUGUGGUGCAGUGCAUGGCUGCAGCCCAGAAAAUUUUCAGUGGUAGUUAGUGUAUCCAUACAGAUAAUAAUCCAUAAUUUGUGAGAUGCCCAAUCUACUAGACAACUGCAGCAGUACCUUCUUGAAAAGCUCAUGAAGAUAAAAGUUAAGACUUUCCUGGAUAUAUAUGUAUAAAAGCCUUUCAUGAUCACAGUAUAUUCAAACCGCUGAUGCAAUCGUGGAGUUAUCCUAUGGAGCCUUCCUGGAACUCCCUUCUGUCCCAAAAACGUGACAUCCUUUUAAGCCUGGGACUUUUUUUUGUUGCACAAAAUUCCAUUUUCACUUUGUCAAAAUAAAAAUAGCAUUUUAACAAGCUACAUUCCUUGAAGGGUGUACAAAAUCAUGCAGAUAUAAUUACUAUUUAAUGUAAUGUUUUCUGCUCAAGGACCAUUUCCAGAAACAUUCAAUCGGCAUGGCAUAUUUUGACAUCGAUUAUAUGGCGAUAUUUUUUUAAUGAUUGUGACAUUUUAGUUCUGCAGUUUUCUUGUUUUUUUGUGUGGUCGUUUUAUGUGUUUUCUACAAAGAGUUGAACGCAUCAAUAUUUUUAUAGGAGGAAAUGCGGUAUUUAACAUGUACAUUGUGCCAGGAGGCAUACCAACGUGAUGUUCAGAUGCAUAUUUUGUAAUGAUCAUUCUACUUGCACGAGAGAGUCUGAAAGUCACGUCCUUGUAUUAGGUAUUUAACGAUGGUUCUCCUUUGCAAUUCGAUAAUGGCCACAAUUCCAGGUGGCGAUUUGAUUCAAGAUUAUUUUUUUUAUAGGAGUACAGCAAUAGGUGCCUGUGGCCUACAGAUUUGGACCACUCACAUGACCCAUCUGUGCAGAGCCUUUUGAGUGUUAUCCCUUCCUAUCAAAGUGGUCCAGCUACUGCCCACAUGCCACAUCUCAAUGCAGGACCCUCAGCGUUGAAACUAAGGCUUUUAUACAGUUAAACACCGGCGAGCCAAAUUUCCAAUUUUGCGUCACCAGGUAGGCUAAUUAAAUAGUUAUACAUAUAUUAUGCAAAAAAUAGUACGUAAAAGAAUGUACAUCCUAUAAGCUUUGGAACAUGUUACGUACAACAAUGAAAGUGCACUAAAACAAGUUAUGUUGUGUGUGUAUAUAACAUGGAAAAAGUGGUCAAUGUACUUGCAGAAAUACAUUAGUGCUAGGGGAGUAUGGUGGUGAGGGGGUGAGAGGGGAGGGGUGUUUGGGGGAUGGGGGACCCGCAUAUCCUCACACUGACCGCCAUAAAUAUAGGACAGCACAGUACACAACAGCGUCCCAUAGGACUUAUUUUUUGGUCUGUACAGUAACAAACGCCACACAGUAAUACAUUCAUCGUAUUAGAUUUCCAGAAAAAAGUUUUUACAUUUAAUUAGUUUUGCAGCUCGCCAGACUAGUUUCCCCCACUUUUAGUCCACCGAGUUACAGUACAGUAGACGAAUUUAAAUGAUUAUUGCAUUCAUGAUGCAAUGAAAUUAUCAAAACCACAAUAAAUCGGGACAUCAUUAGAUGGUUUAAAAGGCAUUAGCUACAACAUCAAAGAAUGGAGAAAUACGGUGUCCUGUAACGGCAGAAUUGGUUAAAUGGUGUAGGAUGCCUUAAACAGCUGACCCACGAAGCCACAAUCGAUGUGGAGACGGCCUCUUGUGUGCAUAUCACAGCACACAUGUGCAUACGUUGUGUAUAUUUGUACAUUGUAUAAUAAAGUCUGAGACUUCAAAGUUAAAA